AUGAAUUACAAAAUAAUUAGCAUAAUUUUCUUGUGCGCAAUCAAAAUAUGCUUUUGUAAUAAUUGUAAGCCAAAUUAAAUUUACUCUUUGAUAGCUUAAUCUUGCCUUUAGUGUUCGAAUUCAUGCAAUACUUGCUUUAAUACUAGCGAAUCUGCGUGUGUCACUUGUGAGUAUAGCCUAUUUAAGAGCUCUGCUGAUAGUUCUAGUUGUGUACAAAAAUGUUAAAAAAGUGAAUUUUUAAACGAAAAUUUAGAAUGUGUGAAAUGCUAAGUCUAUGGAUGUCUCGAAUGUGAUAGAAACUAAGUUUGUGCUUAAUGCGAUUAAAACUUUAAGCUUGAUAUAGCUAAUAAUCAGUGUGUUUUAAUGAAUGAUGUUUGCCCACUUUUAACAAACUUUAUUUAGGGAUCAUCAAACCUCAAAUAAUGCAAUAAUGAAUGCCCAUAAAGUUUUUAUUAGAACAUGGAAGCAUUAAUUUGCGAAGAGACUGUAAAAUGUAUUUAAAUUGAAGAAAGCUAAAAACUUACUUUCACUUAGAGGGUAAAAUAAAUAAAGCGAAUUAAUGAAGAUAAAUAUUUAGUUGCAGGAAAUGCUUGUACUUUUGCUCUAGUAGAUAAUAGCUGGAAAGUGAUUAAUAUAUAAAUCCUUUAAAAUAUAGCAGACUAUGAUUAAAUUUAUACUUAAAAUGGAGUAGAAUAUUUUUAAGAAAGCUUUGUUAUUGGAAAUUAUAUAGGAUGUACUGCAGGCAGCAAACUGUUGGUGAUGAAUUUUUAAACAUUUGAAGUAGUAUCUGAAAGUGAUACAAAUUAUGAUUAUUUUGUUUUGUAUUUAGAUUAAAUAAACUAAAUUGUUUUUCUACAAUCAACUUAAUCUGAAACACUUUUGUGGUAUGAUGUUAUUAACAAUAGAGUUAACUAAUAUUAGAUAGACUAUUUAAGAAUUUCUAUAUUUUUUUAAACUCAGAGCAAUAACACCGCAACUUAUUUUAUGUAAAAAUAUGACUCCUCAUUUUAAAUAGGAGUUUUGGAUGAAAAAAGAUAGUUUAUAAUACAAAGUAUUGACUAAUAUAAUUUGGAUAGUUAUAUAUUAUUAGAUGCAAAAUAAUACAAUGAUUUCCUUAUUUUGAUUUCAACUACACUAAAUUACGAUUAUGAAGUUAUAAAAAUCGAUAUUAAAUAAGAUGUAUUAGCUUUAGUUUAAUUUUAAUUUAGAAAUGCUCAUUCUAAAUGA